UUAUCCUCAUGUUCUCUUCAAGUGAUGCUUCUCGGCGGCGGGACCAUACAAUGGUGGGCUACCCCGCACAGGACCCGGUUUAUUUUUCUCUUGCUGGAAAAAGGUGCUGACGGAUGAGGGAUUGUGGACAUGUGAGACUUCUUCCGAUGUAGAUCAUCACCAAAGGAGGGAGACUUCGGUAAAAGAGGACCGGAUAACGGCAUCUCGCCAUAGCACCGACUGAAGGAGUAUCAACAUGAUUUUUAGUACUAAAUAGAGACGAUCCGUACAAAUUGCGAUGAAGUGAGUAAGAGUGGGAGCUCGGUAACUUCGCCAUGAAAUCAGUGUUCUUAAGCCGCUUCUUCAUCCUUCUGCCUUGGGUCCUAAUAGUCAUCAUCAUGAUCGAUAUCGACAGUAAAAGAACGAUUUGGUCUCCCGUCGCAGUUCGGGGCAGCAGGGCGCAGCGGGCGGCCCUGCCGGUCAUCUACGCCAUCACUCCCACUUACACGCGUCCGGUGCAGAAAGCCGAGCUGACCCGACUCGCCCACGUUUUCCGACAGGUGCCCCAGUUCCAUUGGAUCGUGGUGGAGGACUCCACUGUGCGAACGGAUCUGGUGAGCCGCUUCUUGGCUCGGUGCGGCGUGUCCUACACGCACCUGCACGUCUUCACACCCCGCAGGUUCAAGCGCGUCGGGAUGCCGCGUGCGACCGAGCAGAGGAAUGUGGCCCUUGGGUGGCUCCGGCAGCACCGGACACGCCACGACGCGGGGGUGGUCUUCUUUGCCGACGAUGACAACACUUACAGCCUGGAGUUAUUUGAAGAGAUGCGAAACACUCGAGGAGUGUCUGUAUGGCCAGUGGGCUUUGUGGGUGGCAGAGCAUAUGAGCGCCCACUAGUGUCAGGGGGCAAAGUUGUGGGCUGGUACACCGGCUGGAGACCAGAUCGACCCUUUGCCACUGACAUGGCAGGUUUUGCAGUGAACCUCCAAGUGAUCCUGGCAAAUCCAAGGGCGCAGUUCAAGAGGCGAGGCUCCCAGCCGGGCAUGCAGGAGUCCGACUUCCUCAAGCAGAUCACCAAGGUGACAGAGUUGGAGCCCAAGGCCAACAACUGCACUCGGGUGCUUGUUUGGCACACGCGCACAGAGAAGCCACACCUUGCAAAUGAGUCCAAACACCCGAAGGACAGUGUGGUGAUUGAGGUGUGAGACCGGGUCUAUUUACAACUGGAACUUGCUAUCAGCAGACCGCCCCCCCUCCUCAUAGUGUUCAUCACUGACAAUCACUAAGGAGGCACACCAGUCAACACAGAGCCUAUCCCAGCUGGUUUUUGGUAAAAGGUGGCCUACACCCUCCACUGAUCAGCCGUCAAUCACAGGGUGAGGAUGCUGGAGAAGAAAGGAUGGUCGCAUAAACCACCACGCUACCAAGGAGCCCAACUAAGAUAACGGUUGUGAAAAAAAAACAAGAAUUAAACAUGGAUUGUGUUCA